GUUUGAGAGUUGGUGACAUUGUGCUAUUUUCUUUUCCAGGUAAUGGACGUCAGCACUAUUUUUGAGAAACUCUUUGCCCAGUAAGAAAGAAAAAUGAGCCCUGUGUUACAAAGCCCAAGCACUGGGCACUAUACAAGCCUAGCAUGGAGAAAAGAAAGCCCACCACCAGAUCCAGUAGGUCUCUGUCCAGUCUGGAAGAAGGUUUUAUACAAACGUCAGCCUUUCCCUGACAAUUAUGUUGAUGAGAGCUUCUUGGAGGAGCUGAGAAAGAACAUCUAUGUGCGCCGGUAUAGCUAUUGGGCGGUAGUCUUUGAAUCAGCUGUAGUCAUCCAGCAAUUGUGCAGUGUCUGUGUCUUCUGUGUUAUUUGGUGGUACAUGGACCAGGGCUUGCUGUCCCCUCAGAACCUUUGUGAAAUUGGACUGGGCUUCACACUUCUUGGUUAUAUGGUGUUCGAUUUGGUGGACCACGGUGUGGGGAGAAAGGACAGUGGACGGACUCGCUGGGAUGACCUCAAAAGUGCAUUGGUAUUUGUAGCUUUUACAUAUGGAUUUUCUCCUAUACUCAAGACAUUGACUGAAUCUAUCAGCACAGACACAAUUUACGCCAUGUCAGUCCUUAUGCUUCUUGGACAUCUUGUCUUCUUUGAUUAUGGGGCAAAUGCUGCUGUAGUGUCUAGUACACUUUCCAUAAACAUGGCCAUCUUUGCUUCUGUUUGCCUUGCCUCUCGCCUUCCUCGCUCUCUUCAUGCCUUUGGAAUGGUGACUUUUGCUAUUCAAAUUUUUGCACUUUGGCCAAGUCUGCAAAGGAAGCUUAGAGCUCACACUCCCCGUACAUAUACAUGUGUAACAUUUUUAUUUGCUGUGUUUGCUUUGGCCGGGCUAAUGACCAUCUCAAGUGUUGGGACUUUGCUCUUCUCUUUGCUUCUCCUCUCUGUGACAUUCCUGUGCCCAUAUUGUCUGAUCCGGCUACAACUCUUUAAAGAUAACAUCCAUGGUCCUUGGGAUGAAGCUGAAAUUAAGGAAGAUCUCUCUCGUUUCCUUGAUUAAGAAAGCACUCAAUACUCUGAAUGUGUUAUGUGUGUGGGUAUAUGUUACAGUGUCUUUAACACUCAUCCUUCAUGGUGUGUGAUGUCUUCCAUGUGUUAUUCUCUGUAAUGCAUGCUUUGAUUGACACCAUUCAUACAUGUCCCUGUUUACCGGGAGACAUGCACUAGGACAACAUCUCUUAUUUCCAACUGCUGUCACUCUAGUCAUCUCUCUUAUUUAUGAUAUUGCAGGUCAGGAGCUGAGAAGGCAGAAACCGUCGAGAAACUGAAUUAAUGAUGGCAGCUGCUAGCUGGGAGCAUAACUCCCACCAAUCCUAGGCAGACAUUUGUGUUCCUGCGCUGCCCUAAUAUACCCUAACUCUAGACCAGGGGUAGGCAACCUUCGGCACUCCAGAUGUUGUGGACUACAUCUUCCACAGUGCUCUUACGGCCAUAAUGCUGGCAAAGCAUCAUGGGAGGUGUAGUCCAAAACAUCUGCAGUGCCAAAUGUUGCCUAUCCCUGCCCUAGACCUAACCCACUGACCCUAAAUAUAUACUAAAAUGUAAUAAUGAUGAAGCAUGUUUCAAUGAAAAACAAUGGCAACUUGUACUUUUAGAGACAUUCAGUUACAUUUAUCAUAUUCCUAGAACCUUUCUAUUCCUAUAAUCUAUGCUUCAUUAUGUAUGAUAUAAAUCUUUUAAAUUAUUUAACAUAUUUAUAAAGCUUUUUUUUAAGUGAUACAACUAAAACAAGCUUACAUUCUAAAUGGAGUUUAAUAUAAUUACACAAAAGAUUAAUAUCCAGCAUAUUCAGUUUGGAUGUACAUUGCUGAUGCCUUUACAACAUGCAUUGUUGCUGAAUGUGCAUUUUUAAACGACACAGCAGUGGCAGAGUACGACACUGUUAUAGAGUUACGGUAAACGGGUAGUAUAAGUUUGGAGUGCCAUGAGCGGGAAAGUUUAUUAUUAUUGUAUUAGUUAUAUAGCGCCAUCAGAUUCCAUAGCACUGUACAAUAAGUGAUUAGUUAAGACUUCCCUACAGAUUUCAGUUAUGGGAUUUGGUGAACAAAUGAAACAUCUAGUAGCAAAAGAGAUCUAAAGAUGUUCCUUUCCCUAAAACAAUCACUAGAGGGAAGCAUAAUUCCAUAUCACAUGGCAGUAUGACAGUACAGUAGGAGGCAUCUUUGUUUAGCUCAUUUGCUGAAUUUAAUACAUUUCAACUGUCUAAAUAUCUAUAAACUGCCUAUGACUAUAUUGCAUAGACAAUUCAAGGUUUGGUGAAUAACUAUGAGGGACUUGUUCACUAAACCAAUAAUUGUAGAAAAUUGAAAAUUAAACUGCAAACUUUACAUUAAAGUAGCUGACAAUGAAAUGUCCUCCAACUCUGCUAGUUUGCCAACUGGAGAAUUUCAAUAUUGUUUUUAUUUGUGAAUUAAAUGUUUAGGGUUUUGUUUUUUACAGACAAAACAGCAUACAUAACAGUAAAUGGUACAAGAUGUAAAAUAUGUUUAAUGACCCAUCAUGUAGAAUGAUCACAUUUUUCCGUAUGAUGGCCGGAUACCAUGUCUGUAAAUUGAUGUAUUGCAUUGUGUGUGUGUGUGUGUGUGUGUGUGUGUGUAUAUAUAUAUAUAUAUAUAUAUAUAUUAAUUAGAUGUAGUAGAUGGCUCCCUUAUUUGCUAUUCUUAUGUGAGAUUACCAUAGAUAUCAGGAUGCCAAAGUAGGGAGCUGUCUACUAAACAGCCAAUAAUCAAAUUAAAAACCCUUUCAUGGCACCCUAAUUUGGUAUCUUUAUAUGAGAUUGCCUUAUACCAAAUUAGUGAGCUAUCUACUAGAUGAAUUAUCAAAACUUAUUUUUAUUUUUUUAAAAGCCUUUUUACCUCUCCCUAUGCCCCUUCCUUUUCUUAUCCAUGUCAUGCCUCGUCUCCCCAUGCACACUGCUCUUCUCAUAUAUUCUUUCUCCAUGUUCCCUUCUCUAGAGGUGUCUUUUCAUGGUAGUGUCUCCUUGCCCCCUCCUUAAGCAGAAUGCCUCCUCUAUCAUUCUCAUUGCCUUUAGCAAUAUUACUGUUUCCCCCCACCCCAUCCCUGUCCUUUACAUCCUUGUCCCUUCUCUUUUAGUUUCACAUAAGGUGAAAGGGUAUGGUGACAUGAGUUUACUUAGUAAAAGGGUAUGGUGGCAUAAGGGAGCAUGGAGAAGAAGAACUUGUUUUGUUUUUGUUGUUCCCCAAAGUCCACCCAUCUGUUUCUGACCCAACACACACUGAUAGUACCUGGAAUUGGGGAUACACACUGACACACCAUCACAGGCUCAUUCACAGACACACACACUCGCUCACUCACACACACAGAAACUAUCCUAAAUAUGCAUAGAUACUGGCUCAUACACAAACAGUGAUACACCGAUACUGAACCAUACACAAACAGUGAUACACCAAUACUGAACCAUACACAGUGUAUGUACAAACAGAGCCUUUCAUAUACUGAAACACACACAUAUAUAUAUAUAUAUAUAUAUAUAUAUAAAAAGACCGUUCUAGGCCAUGUACCUUAGAGAAAGAUGUGGUGCUAUGCUGUCCAGUGCCCUGAUAUUGGUGAGUGUAAAGAUGAGUCAGAGCCUUAGUCUGACUCUCUAGACUCAUACGUCACCAAACCUAGGUGGAGAAGGAACAGACAGUCUGUUCACUCCUCCACAGUUCAAGAUACACCAGGGCAGUCAAAGCGUGACUGGGGGAGUAAGUGUAAAUGGAGAUAGAUAAAGGCCAUCGUAGCCUCAAUCUGUCUCCAAAUUCCAAUCUGUCUCCAAAUAUAUAUUAUGUGCCACAAUGCUUAGGAACUACAAGGGGACAUUAUCAGAGACAGACUAUGCAAUGCUCCCUCACAGUUCUACAAUUUAGGCCGGUGCCCAUUAUUUUAAUGUUGGCAAAUAACAGCCUGGUAUUUUGCAGGGGGAUGGCCUGGUGAGCCAGUAGGCCGUAGGUUGCAGAAAUCUGCUUUAUAAGAUAAUUCACUAAUCUCUGAAUUAUAUAGAAUUUAAAUCCUAAUUGUAAACCUAAACUGAGUUGGAAAAUUAGUCCAAAUAACCUAUUUUUGUAUUACUCUUGCAAUUCUGAUUUGAAUUCAGUACCAUUUGGAGUUUAGUGAACCCUGACAGGUCUAUUCAAUGAACUCUGAAUUGUAGUAGAUUCAAAGAUUCAAAUCCACUUAGGCUAAAAUACCAAACUUUGUCAAUAGAUGAGUUAGAGAACAUUUUUAGAUUGACUUUUUUUAACCUAAAUUUUGCAGUUUACUCCAGCUUUGUGUUUAGUGAAUAAACCUCUAAGGCAGUUCUUCUUGGGCCCACAAUGUACUCCUUUUACUCCUAAAAUUACUUUCUUAAAGGAAUACUAACUAAUACAAACAUAUAUUCAUAACAUUAUAAUUCUGGAAUAAAUGUAUAAGGCCCCGGCCUCCCUCACUGGAAAUAAAAAGGUUGUUUUACUUACCCUUUCUCCAUCGCCAAGGCUGGCACUGCCUCCAUGGCUGAAAUCAUCAUAAUCUCAGUUAAUCCAAUACUUUUCAUUGUGAGGCUAUUGAACAUGUGCGGCAAAACGCAGCACUACGCCAAUUGGCUUCUCCUCAUGGGGAGCGUUGAGUGUCUUCAUGCAGUAGCUGACUAAUUGAAAGCCACUAGAGGUGUUUCUAGACAGCACUGCCUUUUAUCUGAAAAGGCAGAGUUUACAUUGAAAUGUCUGCAGGGACAGGCUAUAGACAUCAGAACCACUACAUUAAGCUGUAGUGGUUCUGGUGACUAUAGUGUCUCUAAGUCUUCAGUAAGGUGUUGCUCUGUGAGUGAUGUGUUGCUAUCAUGUAUUAGCUUGUUGCGUGUGUUGUAUCAAAUGUAUUUAAUCGCUUUUAAUGGAAAUUUUAAUAAAAACGUUAAACAAUUA